GGCGGGGCCGCUCCGCGCUAGGGGGCAGCUCGGCGCGGCGGUCACGUAGCGCAGGUUCCCGGGCUGCAGCCGCGCGCGCGUCGGUCGGUUCCCGGGCCCGGUCCCCGCCAUUCGUCCGCCAGGAUGCCGAUGUUCGUGGUGAACACCAACGUCCCCCGCGCCUCCGUGCCGGACGGGCUCCUUUCCGAGCUCACUCAGCAGCUGGCGCAGGCCACCGGCAAGCCGGCGCAGUACAUCGCGGUGCACGUGGUCCCGGACCAGCUCAUGGCCUUCGGCGGCUCCAGCGAGCCGUGCGCGCUCUGCAGCCUGCACAGCAUCGGCAAGAUCGGAGGCGCGCAGAACCGCGCCUACAGCAAGCUGCUGUGCGGCCUGCUGGCCGAGCGCCUGCGCGUCAGCCCGGAUAGGAUCUACAUCAACUACUACGACAUGAACGCGGCCAACGUGGGCUGGAACGGCUCCACUUUCGCCUGAGCCCCGCGCCCGCCGGACCCGCUUCCGUCAGGCCCCGCUCCCCGCAGCCUUGUGUCCGCCCCGCCCCCAGCGACCCCACCUCCAAGGCGGGACCAAUAAACGGUUUGGAGGCCGCGA